AUGCGACUGGUUUCGUGCUUUACGGUGAUAUUCAUCCCACUAUUAGCUCUAUUUCUCACCCAAACCGCGGCUUCAUCACAAAUCACUCUAAGAGCAACGUCAAAAAUUCCUCAAUAUGUAUAUGAAUAUGGUAGGUAUAAAACCCAAUAUCCCUUUCACCCAAUUCCUGCAAGAUUCCAAGGUUCUAACCCGUACCCAGCCCCAUUAGUCUGGCUAUAUAGUACAGAUGCGUACAGACCAAGCGAUCUACAACAACAACUCGACCACACAACCCCAGAGGUUAAUUGGACAGCAAUCUCUGGUGCUCCGUCCCCACUCACAUUGAAUAAUAUUGACCAGCUGAACAGUCUGGGUAAUACCAGCGUUUAUCUAACCACUCCCGACGGAAUCGCACAAGAUCCCCAGCCUGCCUGGUGGGAUGGUAUCACGCCAGAUAGCGAAGGCCGCACGGGAAAUGGAACAGGAUGUGCCAUUGUUGUCGUCAACCAUGGAGCCGGCAAUGUUGAUGCAUUUUACUUCUAUUUUUACGCAUAUAACAAAGGAGAUAUCGUAUUGGGUAUGGAAUUUGGUGACCAUAUUGGAGACUGGGAACAUAACAUGAUUCGUUUUGCAAAUGGCAAACCUCAAGCCAUGUGGUUCAGUCAACACGCCAGCGGCCAGGCAUUUACCUACAAGGCGCUGGAAAAGAAAGGGAAAAGACCAUACGCUUAUUCCGCCAAUGGCACACAUGCCAAUUAUGCAGUAGCGGGGCAACACGAUCACACAAUCCCCGGUCUUAAUCUCCCCACUGGGCUACUCCUCGAUUACACAGACAGAGGAAUUAUUUGGGAUCCGACACUUAAUGCAUACGCUUAUACAUAUGAUCCAUCAACUGGGAAAUUUACAGGAGAUGGAGAGUCCCCUGUCGCCUGGUUGAACUUUAAUGGAAAAUGGGGAGAUGCACAGCCACCUGGAGAGCCAUCAAUCUUUGGAGAAGCAAAGUACGUGGCAGGACCUAAUGGACCAAAAUUCAAGACAUUGAAUCGACACAAGGUUUGUCCAUCUACACCGUGUAUUGUUUUGCCGUUUAAGAUCUGGGAAGAGGGGGUUGAGGCGAAAUUAGAAUAUGAUAGCUAG